CAGCCGAGCAGACACACGAGAGCGCGAGUCGAAAACCUGGCCCAAACCGAGCAAACCCCCCAAGUAAUUCGAAUCAACAUCGUAUUGCAACGAGCGUGGGCCGCAAUCGGAAGUGUUCAAAAAAAUAAAAAAAUAGAUAAAAAUUAAAAGAGUUAUAACAGCCGCCGGUAGCUGGAACUAAUUGAAAGCCUUUGGCUAAUUGCCGAUAAUGAAGAUUGCCAAAAUUGGCAACAGCUGAAUCUCUCUCUCUCACAUAUAAUUCGGAAAAUCUUGUGCGUGUGAACAGAGCCGUGAAAAGGCAACGGCAAAUAAAUUGUAAAUUAAAUCAGAAAAUAUUUGAAAGCUGCCGAGGAUCAUUAUGAAUAAUUCGUGGCUGCUGGCGCUGAUGGCCCUGGCAGCGGUCGUUUCUGGCAUCUUGGCCAGCCAGGCGCCCAGUGCAAAUCAAUACCACAUCCAGACGGACGAGGGACCGGAGCGGUAUUUCCGCUUCCAAACGGACAGCGGUCAGUUCCGCAAGGAGAAGCGGCUUCAGGACGGCACCGUCAUAGGCACUGAAGCCUGGAUCGAUGCUGCCGGAUAUUUGCGGCAAAAGGAUUAUAUAGCCGAUAAGCAGGGCUACAGGAUACUCAAGGCCAAGACUAUAUACGUAGGCGUGGGAAGAGCCGUUGAGGACGCCAUUAAAUCCACAAAGGCAGCUCCUGCGCAAUCAGGCGUCCUGGUGCAUGGCGGUGGCGGCUCUGCCGGAUCCUCAACCAACAGCCUGGGCAACUAUCAGCGAGCCGGCUACGGCUAUGUGUCCAGUACCACCUCAACUACCACACCGGCACCACUGCCAGCUGCUUUGCCUCCUUUGGACAUCUUGGAGGAGGCUGGCGUGGGCAAGCUGAACUACCUGCCGCCGGAACAGGCGGCCAAAAUUGAGCCACAGACGCAGCUUGGCUUCGAUCACUAUCCGGAUGAGUUGCCCCGGGCGCAAGAUCAGUUGUAUGAGACGCCCCAUCAGCCGCUGGUGGACAUUCACCCCAAUGCAGAGCCUGUCCAGGAGCUGGAACUGAAUGCCAUCAAUGUGUACGAUGCCGAGGCGGAUCGUGCCUUUGGCCAUGGCCAGUUUGGUUCCGUAAUCAGUUCUACAACGGCCAGACCUCCGGCUUUGGAUAUGCUGCCUCCUCUGAGUGCCCACAGAAGAAGACUGCGUCCGCGUCCAACGCCAGCACCCAUUGCAAUUGUUUCCAGCACGCCUGCGCCUAUAUCUGGCGGAGAUUUGUAUGGUUACUCAACGCCGCAGCCUUUUGCUGCUCCUGCCUAUCAGUACUCCCCGCCUGCCACAUCCGCCAGCACUGGCUAUGGUUACUAUCCUCCGCUGCCGCAAUCGCCGCUGGAGGUGAACUCUCUGGAGUCGGCCCUGCUACCGCCUCUGCCCUCUAGGGGCUACCGAAGGCGUCUGCGUCCUAGGCCAGUGCAGAGCAAUCAUCUGGACAGCCUGGCAGCCUCUGAAUAUGAUGGCAUUGCCAACACCCGCAAUGGCUUCCGGUAUGUGCUGCCCAAGCAGUAUCACGAGGAGGAGACGAAUCCGUCGGACGGAAAGCGAGCCGGCAGCUUUGGCUACGUGGAUCCCUUUGGCAUCCGGCGGGUGGUGUACUACAAUGCCGCGCCCGGAAGGGGAUUCGUUCAUCGGAAUAACAACCAAUAUGUGGGCGCCAAUGGAGCGCCCUUUGAUGAACCAGGACCGGCACAGCUGGUCAACGAAUAGGAAUAGAGGGGAAUAGGAUCAUUGAUGAGGAUUUGUGUGGGUUGAUCUCGAGGAAAGAUCAGAACCCACCAAAUCGAAGGUGCUGCACUUAACCCAUUCCCGAAUGACCCACUCGAAUCGAGGCACCAAAACUAACCGUAGAACCUCAGCCAGGGGAAGUCCCCGCCUCUUAAGAUUAACCUGUACAUAUAACCACGUUUACCUUCUCUACUAUACACACUCUUUUUUCGUGCCCGCACAUUCACACAAAGAAAACAACAUCUGUGUUAAUUAAUUUAAUGCUUAAUCACACCUACAUUGUAACUUAAUUUAUGUAUAUCGAAACUACGUGCAAUUAGCGCCUAGAAUAGGUACUUUAGGGGUACACUCACACACAAGUGAUGGGGGGAGAAAUCGUUUCACGUAUUAAUCUUGCCAUAUUAACGAAAAGUAAAUAAACAAAGCUCUCUGUUCAUCCAACCCUUGGUAUUCCCCCUACAAACAAUACGAUAAACUACGAUUAAACCGAUUAAUAAAUAACGAUAACGAUAGCCGCUUCUUGGCCAAUAGCUGUGCAUUUGAGAGGAAUGCACACCCGUUGCCUGGAAGCCUUAGGAUCUUAGUGCGAACCAUUAUUUUGUGUA